AUGGUGGAAGCCCGCAGCUUCACAUUAUUAGUCACUUCAAUCCUCUCGACAAUGAUGCGGCCUCGCCCCUCGACAUGCGGCCGCUGCCUUGUACGCAGGAGGCUCUUCUCGACGACAAAUAACCAGGCUGAGCAAUUCCAAAAUGCCCCUCCCCCACCAGAUGUCGGCUACUCUCGGCUCACAAAUCGCGGUCUCAUAUCCAUCACCGGAGUCGAUAGCUCAGUCUUUCUACAAGGGCUGAUCACCCAGAACAUGCUGGUCGCCAAUGACCCGAAUAAGAACAUCCGUCGCACAGGCACGUAUGCUGCCUUUCUCAACUCCCAAGGCCGCGUCUUGAACGAUACCUUUAUUUACCCGCUCCCGAACUCGGAUGGCAGUGACGUUGAGCGAGAAUGGCUGGUCGAAGUGGAUAAGAAUGAAGUUCCGACUUUGAUGAAGCAUUUGAAAAAGCACAAGUUGCGCGCGAAGCUGAAGCUACGUGCCCUCGAGGAUGGCGAGCGGACUGUCUGGUCGGCAUGGAAGAAUCACCCGGAGCCACGGUGGGCUGCUUACAACCUCGAGUCCGAGACGGCAUCUCCAUUUUCCACAUCUUCAGAUGUCGUCGGGUGUAUCGAUGCCCGGGCCCCGGGAUUUGGGACUCGUCUUGUUACGCCGGGAUCUGACGAUCUGCGAAGCCAUUUACCCGAUGAGACGCAGGUUGCUGGGUCCGAGGUUGAGCUGGGAUCGUACACUGUGCGCCGAAUCCUGCACGGUGUCGCAGAGGGCCAGAAUGAGAUCAUUCGCGAGUCAGCGCUGCCGCUGGAAUGCAAUAUGGAUAUGGGACGGGCCAUUGAUUUCCGCAAGGGCUGCUAUGUUGGCCAGGAAUUGACCAUCCGCACCCAUCAUACUGGCGUUGUGAGAAAGCGGAUUCUUCCCGUUCAGUUUUACACCGGGGAGCCGUCUUCAGCGGAUGGCCCUGUUUAUGACCCUUCGGUGGAGCUCCCUCUACCACCCCAUGGAUCAAACAUUAACAAGGCUGGUGGCCGCCGGGGCCGCAGCGCUGGAAAGUUCCUGGACGGCGUGGGCAACAUCGGCCUUGCACUGUGUCGUCUGGAAAUGAUGACGGACGUCGCGCUGACCAGCGAAGGAACACAAUAUACUCCAGGAAGCGAGUUCAAAGUUUCGUGGACUCCGGAGUCGGAGCAGCCAGCCGAAGUCAAGUUGCAGGCUUUCAUCCCACCCUGGACAAGAGAAUUCAUUCUCGCUGGUGGCGCACGGAAGCCAGCCCCACGACAAGUUGAUCUUGAAGGCGAGCGGGCGCGAGUUCUCGUCGAACAGCUCGAAGAGGAAGAAGCGCAGCGACGGACCGAGUAG